AAGAAAAACAAACGCGGACGUCCACCGACUGUGAAGAAAUCAGACCGCAUCAGUCCCAAUGUUGUACCGCCAGAUGCAUUGCAGUAUCCGCUGGAUGUACAAAAUGACGAAACAGUCCUCUCCCAUCAUGAUGUCGAUGGAGAACAAAAGGUGGAUGAGAAUGGACAUCUCUUUGAUGGUCGCGAGUACCGUGUACGUACCUUUACCAUUCAAGGUCGUGGACAACGACUGUACAUGCUCUCGACUGAGCCUGCGCGUUGCAAUGGUUACCGCGACUCUUACCUCUUCUUCAUUCGCCACAAGACACUCCACAAGAUUCAACUCGAUGAGCAAGAAAAGGAAGACCUCUACCAACGUGCUCUCAUCCCAGCUUCUUAUCGUUCCCGACAAAUCGGUGUCUGCACAGCACGUUCAGUCUUUCGUGAAUUUGGCGCACGCAUCGUCAUUGGUGGUCGCCGUAUCAUUGACGACUACUGGGUUGCUGAGUACAGGAAGCAUGGCUACAAAGAAGGUGAACUCGCCGACCCGGAAGACCGUUUGCCACCACCAGGAAUCGAGUACAACCGUAACCAAUACGUCGCGUGGCACGGCGCUUCCUCAGUCUAUCAUCAAGCGCCUGUUCCCUCUCGCUACGGAACUCGUGAGAAUGGUAUGGUGACGCGUAAACAACGCACAGCUGCCAUCAAUGAGAGUAAUUGGAUUCUUGAACAUGCACAAGCUGCAUCACGCUAUAAUGCAGACUUGGUGGGCGUUCGAGCGACUACUUGGCGGGGUGUGUAUGAGCCCCAUGCGAAUGCCAUGUUUUAUCCUGCAUCCACACAGCCGGCAGGAUUUCAUUGGGAAGAAGCA